ACUUUUAUUCGAUCACACUACUGAUUGCUUUAAUUUAUACUAGAUCAUGACAAAGGUAUUGGAUAUUGACAUGCUUUUCAUUUGACCUUAUUUGUUCCCGGGACUAUGGUCGACUUCACGUUUUAUUUUAGCGACGAAUGGUUGGGGGUAUGAGAGAUGAUAGUUUGGUGAUAAUAACACAUCUAUGUUUAAAGCUGCAAAUGCUCUGGUGCUCUUCUCAGUGGUUAUAUGUCACCUAAAUAUUUGGUGCGUAAACCUGUCAACACUGCCUAUACCACCACUAAGAACCAAUGUAACCCGUCAUUUUCGUGUUGGUUCAGACAUAACUUUGAGGUGUGGAGAAAAUCAUCAUCUAAACGCAACUCUUAUCUUAUGGCUUGACCCUUCGAACAAAACAACGUCUAAAGAAACCAUAUCGUUAAGGAAUGCUAGCGUUGCGCAAUCUGGGGAGUAUUAUUGCCGGCUGUUUCAUAAUGGAGACUUGAAGUACCACCAGUCAUUAUUCAUUAUAAUACAAGAUAAACCGUUCUCUCCAACGUCUAUUCUCAUCCAGGCACUGUCUGAAAGCUCAAUGAACGCGUCAUGGGUCUCUGGAAAUAGUCAAAAUAGUCCCAUUUCUCUUCAUACUGUCUAUUUGCAUGACAAUAAUAGCUUAGUUUUACAAAAGAACGUAUCAUCCCCUCUGUCCAGCACAACACUUCAUAAUUUGAAGCCCUAUACUUGCUACACUUUGUAUAUUCGCGCUUUGAAUGACAUUGGUUGGAGUGAAUUCAGUAAACCCAGUCACUCACUCACUCUUCCUGGUUUGCCUGUUGCUCAUCCAUCAGUUCACAUCAUCAAUGUUUCCAGUCACUCAAUUUCUGUAGAUGUAGGUAUCGCAACUCUAAAGGAUAUCAUUCAAGAUAACGUCAAAAGAUGUAUAGAUCAAGAUGCUCGAUUUAUAUCGUUACUACAUGGCCCACUGGUCGGUUACAUUGUCACAGUUGCUACAAUUCAGCCUUACAAGUUUGCUUCAAAAACUUUUUACAAUGCAUCUGAAUCAUUCUCACAGGUUGUAGAUAUAUCCGAUCUGAAGCCAUACACACGGUACAAUUUGUCGUUCGCUUUUUAUAAUGGUCGUUUUUCUGGCCCGUUCACGUCUUUGGUUGCUUCAACUACAGAAGGGAUUCCCGGGAAGCCAAGGAUAAAAAACUUCGAAAGUUCAUCCAACUCAUUGUCGAUUGACUGGGAAAGUAAUGCUGAUGCAGUGGGGAAAAUACUUGCGUAUAAAUUGGAACUUCACACAUGUUCCAAAAACGAUACCCAGAGUUCUAAAAGGUUAAAAACUGUUCAGGUGGAUUCAAAGGAGUUACAGUUUGUGUUUGGGAAUCUGGAUUCCAACACCUGCUACGUUAUUCGCGUGGCAUCUGCUACAAAAGCUGGAUUUGGACAUUUCAGUGAAAUCGAAGUCCGCACUAAAUUUGAAGCUCCAUCACCACCUGUUGCUGUUGGCGCUUUUCUUUUGGAGACCAAUGAUAUUUUGAUUAACUGGACUUGCUCAAAUGAAUCCUCAUCAAUAUUAAAAAAUCCACAGUAUUUGGUCUGUUGGCACUUUCACUCCUUUAUUUCUGAACAAAAAUGUUUGCUCACUCAGACAUCAAACAAAAAAGAAUUAGCAUACUGUUACUGUGACCAACAACAACAAUUUCAAUGGACUGUUAUUCCAUUGUCCGUGUUUAAAGAAGCAAAAUCUGGUCGAAUUAUCUUUACUAUUCGAUCCAGUAUCUCUCAAACAAAUUGUACUGAUUACGUAAACUGCGAGAUACAAAGUGAGAACUCAAACGAAAUAAGUUUAAAUCUGUCUUCUUCUACACGAAGAUAUUUUCAUACAACUCCGAAAUAUCAUCUCAAGUUAGAUAAUAUUGCAAUUGUUUGGAUAGUUUCUAUUACUCUUCUGGUUUUCUUCUGCGUGAUAAUUGGUGCAUGUUUUGCCAAUCAAGUUCAUUGUUUUCUUAUCAUGUGUCGUGAUACGGGUUCUUGUUAUCGCAAAACCGAUAUAUCAACUAAAUACAAACGUAUUACACCAUUUCAUCUAAGUAAAAACACAUACAAAGCUAUUUCAAGCAAAGAAUUUCGUGCCCAUGUUAAUGCUUGCCAUGCUGAUGAUGAUGCUGGAUUUCAAGCAGAGUUCGAGUCGUUAGAACAAAAUGUGCAAACAAACUGGUCAACUUCCGUUGCUCGUUCUUCAGAAAACAUAGCCAAAAAUCGAUACUCCAACAUUUUGGCUUAUGAUCAUUCGAGAGUUAUACUUAAGGAAACAAGCAGUAAAAGUGAUUAUAUCAAUGCAAAUUAUGUCGAUGGUUAUCAUCGUCGAGCAGCAUAUAUCGCUGCACAAGGCCCUAUCCCGUCUACUUUCGAUGAUUUCUGGUUGAUGGUAUGGGAGCAAAAUAGCAACGUCAUCGUUAUGAUAUCUAACUUCGUUGAACGUGGUCGUCGUAAAUGUGACAAGUAUUGGCCCAGUUCAGGUCACCAAACGUAUGGGAACGUUUCAGUUCGUAUGAUUUCUGAAGUUGUACGGGCUUUCUUCACUAUCCGAGUGUUUACUGUUCGACAUAUCAAGACUAAACGUGGUUCUAAAGAUCGUUUAGUUUAUCACUAUCAAUACACAGAUUGGCGAGAUUUUGAUGUACCUCCUUCCCCUCUUCCGGUUCUGAAGUUCGUAGAAGCCUCGGUCACGCAUUGGACAUUUGACAAAGGUCCUAUUGUUGUCCACUGCAGCGCUGGCGUCGGACGAACCGGUACUUACAUCUGUAUCGAAAGUUUGAUACGGCAGCUAAAGGUAGAACAAGCUGUUUCUGUUCGGGGGUUCCUGGAACACAUUCGUCAACAACGCAUGAAACUUGUCCAAACAGAACAACAAUAUGCUUUCAUUCAUGACGCAUUACGUGAGUAUAUUCUUUAUCCGUAUCAUUCAAUUCGUCCGCUGGACUUCAGUGAUUACUUGCGACAUUUAUAUGAACUAGAUUCAACAGGUACAUCCAAUUUAAUGAAACAAUUUGAAAUGUGUAUGGAUUUCAGAUGUGAUUCUGCCGGUUCUUUGCAUAGUGGAACCCUGAGUGUUGAUCAAACGAAAUUACCCAUGUGUACAAGUAUUACUGAUGGUUCAGGCAUUGAUUCGUCCGUUCUUCAUGGUUUUCUGAAUGUUUGUGAGUAUAUAGUUACUCGUCAUCCUUUAGGUAACAGUGUAACUGAAUUUUGGAAAGUAGUUUGGGACGCUAAUUCUUCUUUAAUUGUAUGUUUGUCUGAUCAAAAUUUGUUACCAUUUUGGCCUGAUGAAGUUGAGCAAACAAGAACAAUCGGUUGGUUGCAUAUAAAUUUUGCUCGAAUGGAUCAGUGCGGUGAUUCGUUAGUACGAUUUCAAUUCUUACUAACAUCUGAUCGAGAAGAUUAUGCACUAGCAUGUACCCUUUUGCAUUUUAAUGCAUGGCCUUCUAUUGAUUUAGAAAAUCCUCAUGAAUCAAGGAUUGCAUCAGAUUUACUUGAAUUGGCUACACACUUAGCAAAUGAUAAUCCGGAAUUCUCUAAUUCUUCCGCUCCUAUUGUUUUAGUAGAUAAUUAGUCAAAAAAGAUUACAAAACAAAGAAGCAGGGCAAGUCUUAAUAUUUUUUUGUAUGCAUAUAAUGCCAAAAAGGUUUUAUAUUUAUGGCUAUUAUGUAGUUAAUUUUUUUUAUUCUCAUUAUCUGUUCAAUACUGCAAAUGUUCAACUUUAUUGUUUCAGCACUGGAGGUUAUCGUGUUGGCAUAUUUUGUGCAAUUCGUAUUUUAAUUAGCCAAUUUUUAAGUGAUCUUAUACUCGAUGUAUACUUCGUUUUCAAAAUGUUGUGCCUACAGCGACCUCAUUUGUUUAGGGGUUAUUGGGAUUUGGAAUUCGUGUAUGCUCUUCUGCAACAUUAUUUGAAAAAUGAAUUGUCACCUUCUUGGCAAUCGAAUUCAAUAGGUUCACGUUAUGCAACUUUAUAUUAUAUGCUAGAAGGGCGAGAUAAUUCCAACAAAGUGUCAACCAUCGAACAACAUACAUCUCCUAGGCGAAUAUUAGGUAACUUAUUUUCUGGUCGUCGUCGAUUAACUGAUCCGAAAUGUCAACGUCCUACUCGAAGUAAUAACGAUUCACUUUUGUUUAAUGAAACUACUACUAUUAGUCGAAAUAAUUCUCUUUGUAAUCACACUAACUAUAAUAAUUCAUUUUUAAAACAUACCAGUCAACAUCUAUGCAACAGUAUUAGUAAUAGAACCAGCAUAUUUACGGAUCCAUAUCAUCAAGAGGAACCACUUUUAUCAAAUCAUUUUUCAAAUCAUCGUGGACAUGCUGUAUAUCGUUUACUAUCAAAACACCAAUCUGUUGAAUUUCCUUCAUUCCAGUCUAUUAACAAUCAUAAUAAUAACAGUAGAAAUUAUUUUACUGGGAAUCAAAUGGAAUAUCCCACCCUAUGAUUUACGUAUUGUACGUAAAUAUAAGCGCCGUAAAAUAACUUCGUAGCUUCUCCGUUAAAAUAUGUUUGCAAUUGUAAAUGAGGAUCUGUUUUUUUAAAAAAAACAUUUUAUAUUUUUUAUUUGUUCAAUGUUGUUACUUUGUUUACUAGAUUACUUGUUUCACUUCUGUUAUACCCAUGUGCGCUCUUAUCUUGAAUAUAUAUAUCAGCAUUUAACUUGAUCUGCUUAUAUUAUGUUCUCUAUUAUAUUUUUUUCUGUUGUAUUUUACUUUGUUUUAAUUAACCUUGGUUAUUAUGAAGUGUUAUUGACAUUUACAUAUUACUUUGUGUGCUUAAUAUUAUCCUAGACAAAAACUAAUAAUCUAGUCUACAAGUGAAAUCAGCAAUUCAUUUUUCAAAUGAUUCUGGUUAAACUAAGUGACUAAUAAGUUUGUUCAAUUUACUGCUAUUAGGCUUGUUUUUCGUCCUAAUGCGGUAUAAUUAUCUCAUGGUAUCAUGUAGUCGAGUCGCUGUGAAUUAUUCAUAUUUGUGUGUAUUGUUUUGAUCCCAGACAUAGGUAUAUUGUCAAUGGUGUCAAGGAUUUUUAUUUGUAAAUUCUCACAUUUCUAGGAUAGCAAUAUUAUCUGCGCAUUUUGUUAUUUAUUUCUAUUUUCGUUCAAUCUAGUUUUUGAAUUUCCUCUUAGAUUACUUAAGGUUGUUGAUACUGUGAAAAACUAUCUCAUAACUACUUUCUUUUUUAUGAAAAUAUCUGUUUUACUAUUCUUAAUUUUAAAUAAUAUAAAUUACAAAAUCC